AGGCCCCCCACGCAGCGGAGCGGAGCGGAGCGGAGCGCUGUCCGCGGCCCCGAGCGGCGCCUCGCGCGGCGGCACCACUGGCACCACCGGCACCGCCGGCACCCGGGAAGAUGUCGCACGAGAAGAGCUUCCUGGUGACGGGCGAGGGCUUCGAGGGGCAGCAGCCCCCGGCGCCCCCGGCCUACGCGCAGCCGCCCUACCCGGCGGGGCCCUACGCGCCGCCGCAGUUCGCCCCCGCGCCCUACGGCCAGCCCGGCUUCGCCGCGGCGCCGGCGCCCUUCCCCGCCGCCGGGCCCUACCCGCCGCCCGGGCCCUACCCGCCGGGGCCCUACCCGCCGCCCGGGCCCUACCCACAGGGCCCCUACGCCCAGCCGCCCUACGCCCAGCCGCAGCCCAUGGUCCCCGGAGACCAGGACUACGGAGGGAGGCCACCCCCCGCGCAGUGGAGAUGGGGCGUCGUGUCCAUCCGAGUCGCUCCCCUGCACAGCACCUACCACGAGGAUGGGCCGCCUUCCUACUACGACAACCAGGACUUCCCCACCGCUCACUGGGAUGACAAGAGCGUCCGGCAGGCCUUCAUCCGCAAGGUGUUCCUGGUGCUGACUCUGCAGCUGUCAGUCACCUUCGCCUUCGUGGCCGUGUUCACCUUUGUGAAAGGCGUGAGGGGCUUUGUGCAACGCAACGUCUGGACGUACUAUGUCUCCUAUGCAGUCUUCUUCAUCUCCCUCAUCGUGCUCAGCUGUUGCGGGGACUUCCGCCGCAAGCACCCCUGGAACCUCGUCGCCCUGUCCAUCCUCACUGUGAGCCUGUCCUACAUGGUGGGGAUGAUCGCCAGCUUCUACAACACGGAUGCUGUCAUCAUGGCCGUGGGCAUCACAGUCGUCGUUUGCUUCACUGUCGUCAUCUUCUCCCUGCAGACGAAGUAUGACUUCACCUCGUGCCGGGGAGUGCUCAUCAUCUGCCUCGUUGUGCUCAUCCUCUUCUCCAUCCUCUGUAUCUUUAUCCGGAACCGCAUCAUGGACAUUAUCUACGCCUCCCUGGGGGCCCUGCUCUUCACCUGUUUUCUGGCGGUGGACACACAGAUGAUCCUGGGGAACAAGCAGCUGGCGCUCAGCCCCGAGGAGUACAUCUUUGCUGCCCUCAACCUCUACACAGACAUUAUCAACAUCUUCCUCUACAUCCUGGCCAUUAUUGGCAGGGCCAAGGAGUAGUGUCCCUACUGCUACGAGUAGUCCUGCCCCGCGCCAGCCCUCGCUGUGCGCGUCCCAGUCUCCUCAGCCCUCCUUCCCGUAGCAGUUUUGUUUGGUGUUCUCAUUGCAUCUUGUUGUCUGUUCUCGUGUUCUAGUUUAUUUGACCCCAGCCACCUCCCUGGCUCCUGCCAGGAAAGCCUCUGGACUGGUGUGGGCUGGGAGGGGAGGAUGGGGUGCCCCGAGGCAGGAGGGCCUGUGUCGCUCGGCUGAGGGGUGGCAGCUCUGUCCCCUUGCUGGGAGGGUGCUGCGCAGGGCAGGCAAUGCUUUUCUGCAGAUGUCUUGCUGCAAGCAGUGCUGCCCCUCUGCCCCCCCUGCCACAGCCCCCCAGGGCAGCGCUCUGUUCCAGACCCUCUGCUUCUUCCCUGCUGUGAAUAAGGCAUGUCCUGUCCCUCCUUGCGUUGAAUGAUGACUGGAAGCACUUUCUCACCCAGCCCGUGGUGGAGCUCACUCAUCCCUCCGUCCUCCCUUGCACCACGCACGCUCUGCCCCGCGCCCCUGGGCUCUCUCCACAGCUGUGCAGGGUCAGCCCUGGCAGCCUGCGAGCUCCCCAAAACCCCCCAGGCUCCAGCUAGGGCCAAGGGCAGCAUCCUGCUCCCUGGCCAUCGGGUGCCUUGGCGAGGAGGCCCUGAGCUGGGCGCUGUUGGCAGGGCUGAGCACGGUCACGGCUGGGUCCCCCACCUCCCCUCGAUGCCCACAGGGAGCAGAGCCCGGCCCUGUCCCUUCCUGGGCCUGGGCAGUGCGGCAGGCCCGGCCCCUUCCCCCAGGACCGGGAGGCUCUGUUCUUGCUCCAGCUGUGGCUCUAACUCCUGCUGUUAAUAAAACUCCGUCUAGUUGACCGGUGCCGCUUCUGACUUUCCUUUCCCCGCAGCUGCCCUCCGAGGACAUGGGGCAUGGGCCGGCGCGGCGGCACCCCGGGGACUGCUGGGCUCUGCACACAGGCAAGCACGCUCCCUGGCGCGGGGCUCGGCCGCGUGGGCUGGGGGCUUCCCUGCUGCUCGGGUCCCCGUCGCCCUCCCCGCAGCCCCCGCGCUGCUGCAUGCCGCCCUGCCGCGGCCCUGCCACGCUCUCCUGCACCUGGGGCGUCCGAAUAAAGUGCGAAUGUACGAGG